GGUAAAUUAGAACAAUUACUUAAAUGAAUGAAUGAAUGAAUGAGACUUAAAAUGAGUCAUAUUUACUUUUUAAGAAAUUGUUUUUGUUUACCAGUGUCUUUUUAAAGCUUCCAAGCAGGACUAAAUAAGGAAGUUCUCUGAAUGAAUCAGUCAAUGAGUCAUUGAACGUUGUAGCUGAUGUCCCCAGUCAAUGAAAAUAGGGGAAACAAAUCCUCUCUGCGUCAUCAAAGCGCCACCCGUCACCUUUCGUUAUUUCCGUACUGCCAUCUGUUUCCCUUACUUUAACACUGGCCAAAUUUUCUCACCUGUCUUCACUUACCUAUAAUAGUGUUGAAAUUAAAGUAUAACCUUUUAAACCAGGUGAAGGCCACAUGAAGCAUAAUCCUCAAGUGCAAACAUAUUUUAGUUAUUGCAUUGGCCAAAUGUAAACAUGCAGGUUUCCACUAGUGCAUAUUUGUUUUGGACUGUUGUUAAUGGGAUCAACAACUUAAGUGUCUUUAGCUAAUCCUGUUUGAAAUCCAGCAAGGUCAUCGGUUAAAUCCUCAUAAGAGCAGAGGGCAACUGAGCAGAGGCGUGUACAGGUACACGACCAGGGCUGGGAGCGGUGCAUCAAAUGAACAUUGUGCUUUUAAAGAUUUAACAAAUGACUCCAAGCUGAAUGUAUCAGGAGGAGAUUUCCAUCACAGAUUACAAGAAAUAAAGCCUCUUCUGCAAAUCAAACUUGGUGAGCCAAGCCGGGAUUCCAGUGGGCAGUCCCUCAUGCCGAUUUUGCCUUAAAGGCCAACAAAGACCAUCUGCAAACAUCUACACACAACAAAAGUCUGGAGAUGGAUUCCUUCAUGUCACUGGGUGCACCACUGAAGCAGUUCACCACCUGCAUGUCAGGCACAAACACCUCAACCAAGAGAGGGACCAAGAAGAGCCAGUCUGUCCGCAGAAGCAGUUUCACCCGCAGGAAGAGCAUCAGUAGGAGGAGAAGCCUUCCUUGCAACAGCCAGAAAGUCCCUGACUCCUGGCUCAGGGUUUACCAGGAUGAACUGAAAAGAGAGAGGAAACGUCAGCAAGCCAUGCUGGCUAAGAAAAAUGCUGAAAGGACUGUUAGACAGACUCACUUCAGGAGCCACCACUGCCUCCCAAGGCACACCAAUGCUGCCAGGAAACCAUCUCCAGUGAAGGACGAUUCUUUCUUUGGAGCCUUUCAGGGCCUCAGUCUAGACGGAUUGAUGGGAGGCACCGGCGGAUCUCCUGCUGUUGCUGCUCCUGCUGCAGGAGGAGAUCAGUGCAUAGUCAUGUGAGCUGAGGCAUUUAAGGACAGUUAAAUGCUGAAGGUUUUCCAACAAAGAUGUAAAGAGAAGUGAUUUGAAUUGAAAAAUGACUGUUAUCACCUUGCAAUGGCAGGAAUGGCUGUAAGCUGUAAGAAUGAAUUAUUUCACCUGAGAUUAUUACAUGUUUGUAAUAUUUUUUUUGUACUUGAAUAAUCUUUGUGUUCACUUAUUUGUCAGUUAAUCUAUUUUCCUGAAAUGAAAAUUCUGCAACAUCUUCAUUGCCUGAUUUUUAUACAUUCAAGUUCAUUUCUAGUUGAACUGUUUGAAAUCCAGAGCAGAAACUAAAGCAAGCAAAAGGUUUUUAUUGAGUUUUUCCCCAUGCAAGCUAAAUUAUAAAUGCUAU